AUGGUUCAUUUAAUUGCUUUAGAUGUUCAAUAAAAGGUUCAUGUUAAAUGUAAAAUAAGAGGAGUAGGUAAGGAAAAUAAAUAAUUUAUGAGAAUGAAACCUUCUGGAUAAUCAAGUGGGCUUUUUGGAUUAAACACUGUACCUAUUAAUGCCAAAGAAAUAGUUAUAACAGAGGGAGAAUAUGAUGCUAUGGCAGUUUUUUAAGAAACAGGCAUUCCUAGUAUUUCGUUACCUAAUGGGGCAUGUAAUUUACCUUGUUAGGUUAUAAAUUGCUUGGAACAAUUCGAAAAAAUUUACCUUUGGAUGGAUAAUGAUUAGGCUGGGUAAAAUAAUUACCCUAAAAUAGCAGAGAAAUUAGGUUUAAAUAGAUCUUUUAUUGUCUUAACUAAAAAUGGAGAAAAGGACGCUAAUGAUGUAUUGAGAAAAAACCCACAUAAAAUGAUAUAAUAUAUAAAGGAAGCAAGAACGAUUCAUGAUAAAAAUAUCCUUAAAUUCGAAGAUAUUAAAGAAUAAGUAUAUAACAGAAUAUUUAAAUUUGAUUUAAAUUAAGGAGUAAAAUGUUCAUCUUUUUAAUUCUAUAACGAAAAAAUAAAAGGAUUAAGAAAAGGGGAAAUGACUGUACUUACAGGGCCAACAGGUUCCGGAAAAACUACAUUUUUAUCAUAAUUAUCGUUAGAUUUUUGUUCUAAAUAAGUUCCAACUUUAUGGGGAUCUUUUGAAAUAAAAAAUGAGAUUUUAGCAACUAAUAUGGUUUUAUAAUAUAGUAAUGAAAAUUUGUUCAAAAGUCCCGAAAAAUUUAUUUAUUGGUCUGAGUAAUUUUAGAACAUUCCUAUGUAUUUUAUGUCUUUUUUUGGUUCCACAAAUAUUAAUAAUAUUUUAGAAACAAUUGAAUAUUCGAUCUAUGCUUAUAAUAUAUAACAUGUGAUUAUUGAUAAUUUAUAGUUCCUUUUAGGUACUUAAGGGAAAGGAUUUGAUAAAUUUGAUUUAUAAGAUAAGGCUAUAGAAAAUUUUAGGAAAUUAGCUACUGAAAAAAACAUUCAUUUAACUUUAGUUAUUCAUCCUAAAAAAGUUGAUGAUAGAGAAGAUUUGAAUAUAUCGUCAGUAUUUGGAAGCGCAAAAGCUACUUAGGAAGCCGAUUAAGAAGAAAAAUAUAAUUAAGAAAAAGAAACAAAUAAUAAAAAAGGAGGAAGCAAUAAUAACGGUGGAGAUAAUAAUAACGAAAGUGGAUAGUUUAUCUAAUAAUGUAAAUAAAUAUAAAAUAGAUUGUGA